CGCAAGCGAAAAUAUUUGAGGGAUUAUAAGAAACAAUAAUCAUGAUUGAAAUGCUGUUCUUGGUCAUUUCCAGGCUUUGGAAAUUAAGGAGGCUGCCGGCCAAGAGAAGAAAACUACAAAAGUUCAAGUGCGUAAAAGCGAGUGGUGGCCAACUCCGCCAAAAAAGAAAAGUGACGAAGAUAAGAUAAAGGUUAGCAAUGUUAAUAACGUAACAAUUGGUGCCCGCAGCAUGAGGAGGAAAAUGGGCUUAGCCUGCUAAGUAGAACCGCUGACAGCCAAUGCUGCUGAGAUUUAAGUAAUAAGCUGUGCACCUCCAAACACAUUUCUGCAACUCAAAGUUGUUCAGUAAAACCCGGAGAGAGGAGGGGUCGGGAAAAUGAGAGGUCCUGGGAACGAGGUUGGAGUAAAACCUGUCUUUAGGUAGCUAUUUGAGAACUCUAAUCUAAAAUUUCCAAAAUGACAGCCUGGUGAGUGAAGCCUUUCUGUCGUGUUUUGAGAAAGUGAAGAUAAUUUACAAAUCAAAGGCUGUUAGGAGUAGAAAUUGAUGGGAUUCGCAUUUGCGUAUUAAUGUCAUUUUAAAUUGUAGAAAUUAGAAGACCUUGCAGUGUCUCAGCAAGACGAAAUGGAGAAGCUUCGAAGGCAACUUGAAGAGGUACAGGAAGCCUUGAUCAGAGAAAAGGAAGCAUCCCACGAACUAAACAUUCAAGCCCAAAAACAAAAACAGACGAUUAGCGAUCGCCAGAUUGAAGUUAGGCACUUUAGAAGCGAGACGAAGAAGCACAAGAAAGGAAAGGAGGCGGCUAUCGCUCAGUUGUCUAAAUCCGAAGAGGACAAGGAUGAAUUAAAGGCAACGCUCAGCUCUUUGAAAAAAGAGGGAUGUAAAAUCAACCGAACUUUGAAGGAAGAGAGGAAUCAAACUGAAAGGCAGACGAGAAAGCUUGGUGAAGCUCAAAAUGAAGUUGGUAGACUGCAUAAGGAAGUUGCACAACUUCACAGUACAGUGAACAACCUUGAGAGUCAAGUUAUAUCUCUGAACUUUGAGAAAACGGAUCUCGAAGAUGAUAACGUCAAACAACAACUUCACAUAAAACUCCAAGGGAGAAUUAUUAACAAGACGAAGAAGCACAAGAAAGGAAAGGAGGCGGCUAUCGCUCAGUAA